AUCUGGUUGCCACGCGGAUUCGAACCAUGGCCGAGAGCGGCCGGAUACCUCAGGCCCGGGCGCUAUUGCAGCAGUGUCUGCACGCCAGGCUGCAAGUACGGCCGGCCGAGGAAGACGCCGAGAGCCAGUGGGUGGAGGUUCAGAGAGGAUUAGUAAUCUACGUGUGUUUUUUCAAAGGAGCUAAUAAAGAACUUCUUCCCAAAAUGGUUAAUACACUGUUAAAUGUGAAGUUAAGUGAAACAGAAAAUGGCAAGCAUGUGUCUAUAUUGGAUCUACCUGGCAAUGUUCUGAUCAUCCCUCAAGCCACCCUUGGGGGGAGAGUAAAAGGAAGAAACAUGCAGUAUCACUGUAACUCUGGAAAAGAAGAAGGCUUAGAACUUUAUUCCCAAUUUGUGACUCUGUGUGAGAAAGAACUGGCUGCCAACAGCAAGUGUGCUGAAGCUGGGGUUGUGGUGGAACAUGGUACUUACGGGAACAGGCAGGUGUUACAGCUGGAUACCAACGGACCAUACACACACCUAAUUGAGUUUUGAAAAAUUAAAAGUUAGUUUCUGCAGUUGUUUUGUGCUAUAAAAUGAUCUCAACUAUAAUUAGAUUUUCUUCCUCUUCUUGAAUACACUAAUCUGCAGCAUUUUUAGACAAAAUAUGGGUGCCAUCCAUACGCCUGCAACCUGUUAAUUGGAUGACCUUGCCUUGCCAAGUCACCAAACUCUGAAUCUCAGCCCCACCUUUUGUCCUACUUUCCCAUACACUUCCACUUGAAAACUUGAAAAGUGCUUUCUAUUCACUUUAUAGUCAUUGUGGAAAUGCUCUUAGAGAGCUGUAUUUAAGUAUUUUUGCAUGAAGAAUUUUGUUCAAUCAAGAAAAAUAUACCCUUGUAUUCUUAUAUACCCUUAAUAUACCCUUAUAUUCUUAUACCCUCAAAUGUAUGAAGUAUGAAAUUAAAAUUAGGUAAAAUCCCACACAAACCAAUUGCAGUUUUGUCAGUUUUGUUUUACUACUUUAGUUUUCCACAUUCUGAGUGAAAACAAUAUGCUAUUUACUGUUCCUUUUAAUAAUAUCUGUGAAAAUGUAAUCUAGAAAUGUUAUUGUGCAUUAUAUUACAUCCAGGGCAUCCCAGUGCUUUAAAUCAUUUUAAGAAUCUUUAAUUGAGGGGCAUCUGGGUGGCUCAUUUGGUUAAGCAUCUGCCUUCAGCUCAGGUCAUGAUCUCAGAGCCCUUGGAUUGAUUGAGUCCCACAUCAGGCUUUGCUCGGCAGGGAGUCUGUGUCUCCCUCUGUCUCUCUGCUUUUUCUCACUCUCAAGCAAAUAAAAUCUUUUUAAAAAAUCUUUAGUUGAUACAAAAACAAGGUAUGAAGAUUAAAAAUUGUUUUUAUUUAAUAUACCAGUUAGUUAAUUAAUACUUGUAUUUCUCAGUUUUUUACCAAAAUAAUGUGUGUCUCAUUUUCUGUCCUUGGUUUUUAAAAGUUACUGCUUUGUGAAAUUAAUGUUAAUUUUUUAGGAAGUCCUUUCUUACAUAGCUUGUCAUAAAAGGAAGAAGAAGAAAAAGGGAAGCUUUCUACUGCAAUUAUUUGGAAACAAGCUGACUUGUUCUUUUUCAUAUUAUUUAUCUGACGGUUUCGAGCCAGUGUUUUUUCUGUUAGUGAAUGUUUGUGCCCUGUCCCCAUUCACAUGUUGAAAUCCCCCAACUUGGUGGUGUUUGGAGUUGGGACUGUGGGAGGUAAUUAGGGUUAAUGAGAGCAUAAGAGUGGGUCCCUCGUGAUGGGAUUAGAAGAAGAGUCACCAGAGACCUUGCUGGCUCACUCUCUCUGCUACCACCAUGUAAGGAUGCAGUGAGAAGGGGGCGAUUUAUAAGCUAGGAAGAGAACCCUUAUCAGAAACUGACCAUGUUGACACCUUGAUCUUGACCUUGCAGCCUCUAGGCUGAGAAAAUAAAUUUCUGUUUUUCAGCCACUCUGUGGUAUUUUGUUAGGGCAACCUGAGCUGAUGAAGGUAGUGAUACAAGAUAGACAGCUAAUAAGGUAAAUUUUUCACGAUCAAGAGAGGAACAUAUAUAAGAAACUGAAGGAAUUAAUGAAUCAAUAAAAGAUAAUACUCAGUUUUUGCAAACUCCUCUGACUAUUUGAAAAGAUAUUUUGAAGAGUAAACACCAAAUCGUAUUUCUAAUUAUCAAAAGAUGAAGAAAUUAACUUGGAUAAACAUCUUAAGUAGCUGCUAAAAAUUCCUUUGUGUCAUAAUUUCUUUAGGUCUGUCCUUCUAAGAUACUUACAUUUUUUGUUAUCACAAAAAUCCCAUUACUCUGUAUCCUUCCUGUACUAUUCUAUUUUGGAACUUGAGAAUCAAUAACUGGCUUGGUAAUGAGCUCAUUGUCCUUAACUUUUGCUUUAUUGAUUCAUGAUACACUUAUUGAAAUGUAAUAAACUAUUCAUAAACUUU